AUGAAUCAUCCGCCGGCAGCUGCACACACCCUUCUACCAUUUUCUCUUUGCUGCCAUGAUUGGCUGGAUAGUUCUCUUGGUGUCAGUGCUGUUUGUCUUGAAGAGUCGCUUCUCGGAUUCGAAAUUGCCUCCAGGCCCACCAAGGGGUCUUUUUGGAGACAAUCGAGCACAGAUGUCUGCCAAGCCUUACAAGACUUGGACACAGCUAGCGAAAAAAUACGGUGCGUCAUGAUAGCAGACAAAAGGAGGCUCGAUCGAGAAACAGACAGUCAACCAACAGGACACAUAUUUUCCUUCGUCAUUGGCAACAAGGUCGUAAUUGUACUCAACACUGCUCAGACUGCAUGGGAUCUGCUCGAGAAGCGAGGAGAGAUAUACUCCAGUCGACCAAGAUCUAUCAUGGGGCAUGAGAUUCUUUCUCGAAAAAUGUGGGGUUUGGGCAUGGCAUACAAUGAUAAAUGGCGGAAAUGGCGCAAAGUAAGACUCACAGCGACCAUGCAACGCUGCUCGCUCACUCUCGACCGGCAGCUUCAGCACUCCUGCUUGAAUACAAAGUAUGCGGUCAAUUACCAGACGUUUCAGAUGCUCGAGUCUUCUAUUCUGCUACACGACCUCCUCGACGAUCCCGCAAAAUACUCAACUCAUUUCACAAGAUUUUCAACUUCUAUGGCAUUCACUAUCAGCUAUGGCGGUCGUAUCAAAAGCUUGGACGAUCAAGUUGUCAAAGACAAUGCGGAGGCUGGACGAGCAUUUGGAAGCGCCCAAAUUCCCGGGAAAUACAUCGUUGAAUCCUGGCCCAGCCUCUUAUGGCUCCCGAAACGUUUUCAGUGGUUCAGAUGGGAAUUCGAGAAGAGGCGUUUGAUAGACUUGCAGCUCUACUUGAGCUGCUUUCAGAAUGUCAAACGUCGGAUGGAUUCCGGCAUCGUAAAGCCAUGUUUGUCGACAAAAAUGUGGGAAGAGGGCCCGUCUGAAGAGACCACCGAGGUCGAGAUGGCUUACUAUGUCGCGAGCCCAUUUUCCGCUGGAAUUUCGACUAUUUCCUCUGCGCUGGAUGUCUUCCUACUCGCUAUGUUACAUUUUCCCGACUGUGCACGGCGCGCUCAAGCUGAGUUGGACUCUGUCGUCGGACGGUCUCGCAUGCCGACCUUCGAUGACCAAUCAUCGCUUCCAUACCUGCGCGCAUUGAUCAAGGAGACAACGAGGUGGCGGGUUGUCGCACCGAUGGGGAUGCCUCACGCAACGACGGAAGACGAUGUCUACGAGGGAUAUCAUAUCCCCAAGGGAGCGACGGUAUUCGGAAACAUCUAUAUGAUUUCUAAGGACCCUGAGUUGUUCCCCGAGCCCGAAGCGUUCAAGCCAGAGCGGUUCAUAGACGCGACGGAUCCGAGGCUCGUGAACUUCGAUCUACCGUUUGGUUUCGGCCGCCGCAUAUGCCCUGCGCAACAUGUCGCAGAGCAGACUCUGUUCAUUACCAUCGCAAGGAUCCUCUGGUCAUUUGAUAUCGCUCCCGCAUUGGACAAGGAGGGCAAGCCCCUUCUCCCUGACCCCGAUGACUUCAGGAGCAACUUGACUGCGCGGCCUGCGCCGUUCGAUUUGCAGCUCACCGUCCGCGAUUCCGAGACUCGUAAGGUGAUCGUGGCAGAGGCGAGUCAGAGUGCGGAUGCGUUGCGAGAGUGGGAGGGAUGA